AUGUCAUCGAAUUCGAAUUUACAACAAAGAGGAAUCAGCGAAGUGAUUGGAGUCUAUCAGAAAGGACCAGAAAUAGGAAGAGGGUCUUUCGCCACCGUUUACAAAUGUAUAGACAUUAAAACGCAUAAGUCGGUGGCCAUAAAGUCUGUUGUUCGUUCAAAGUUAAAAUCAAAGAAGUUGUUGGAGAACUUGGAGAUUGAAGUGUCCAUUCUAAAAACCAUGAAACAUCCUCAUAUUGUUGGGCUACUUGAUUAUCAUCAAACAAGUUCUCACUUUCAUUUGGUUAUGGAUUACUGUUCUAUGGGUGAUCUCUCCUAUUUCAUAAGAAGAAGAAACCAGUUAAUCAAAACACAUCCUGUUAUCUCCUCUUUAUUAGAGAGAUAUCCAUCCCCAGAAGGUUCACAUGGGUUAAAUGAGAAAAUUGUGCUCCAUUUUUUGAAACAACUUUCUUCAGCAUUGCAAUUUUUGAGAGAUAAGAGUUUAGUGCAUAGGGAUAUCAAACCCCAGAAUCUAUUGUUGUGUCCUCCGGUUCAUUCAAAAAAAGAAUUCAACGAUGGCCAUUUUGUGGGCCUUUGGGAAAUGCCCAUACUUAAGAUUGCGGACUUUGGUUUUGCAAGAUUUUUACCUUCGACAUCAAUGGCGGAAACUUUAUGUGGUUCACCUUUGUAUAUGGCACCGGAGAUAUUGCGCUAUGAGAAGUACAAUGCGAAAGCAGAUUUAUGGUCUGUUGGUGCAGUACUCUAUGAAAUGACGGUAGGAAAACCGCCCUUUAAAGCUGGAAAUCAUAUUGAAUUAUUAAAGAAUAUCGAAAAGGCCCACGAUAAGAUAAAGUUCCCGUCAUCCGCGCAAGUACCAGAACCAUUAAAAGAUUUAAUUAGAUCCUUGCUAAGAUACAAUCCUACUGAAAGAGUCUCGUUCAAUGAAUUUUUCAAUGACAUCUUAAUCACGCAGGAUAUGGAAUGCAAUGAUAUGCCACUCGAAACUUCGGACAUGGAUGAAAAUUUAUUCAUUAGCGAAUACAUCUCACCGAUGCAUCCUACAAGAGGACAAAAUACGAAUACCAUCACCAGCUCAUCUCCUAAACUGAAUAACGGACACGAGAAUGAAGAAAUGGCAUCAGCAACUACAAUGGAGAAAGAAACGCGAAACUCUAGAGAGGUUUCACCCGAAACCACGAGAGAUGAACAGAUCAAAAAUAUAAUAAUCAACAACAGUCCCGGUCCUGAUACGGUACAAAAAGGAAAUCCAAGUCGAAACUUUGAAGGUAUUCUGAUAAACAACCAUUUCCAAGGCCCAAACAACAAUGAUGCCAUUUUGGAAAAAGGUUAUGUGGUUGUGGAGAAAAGAGCAGUAGAAGUGAAUGCAAUUGCAGAUGAGCUUGCUCAUGCAGGCAGUGGUGCUGCUGCGAUCACUCCUAAUAGAUAUGGAACUGUUGGGAACAUGGACAGCGUUAAAACCACUGGAAGAAGACUUUCGCUGAGGUCAAAUUCUUCCAACAGUCAACGUCGACCCAGCUUUACUGAUAGGAGGAUAUCUAUUUCCAUAUCCCCAAGUAAUGCUUUGAGUAAAGCUAUUGGCUUAGCUUCAAACAGGCUCUUUGGAAGCAAUGUUAACGGGAGGUUAGUUGAAGAAGAAUCUGACAGGAAAGAAUUAUUGGAAACAAAGGAAAAUGCUAGUUUCUCAGCUGUCAUUAACAAUCCCAACUUUGCUAAUAACCUCUUAAUCGACAAAUUAAAUAUUCCCACCUCAACGAGUUUGAUUCCAAGUUUACGCAAAGCAUCAAGCACCGAUGAACCAAUGCUGGAUGAAAUUGUGCUUCGCAAAUUGGAAUCAAUUGCUACAAAAGCUCAUUCAAUCAAUUUAUUUGCAGAUGUUAAAUUUAGUCAAUUGAUACCAAGCCCUCCAUCAAUUGAAGGGAUUGACGAUGAUUUAUUGCAUCAGAAUGAUAUGCUACCUCCUAGGAUGGUUCGCACAAUUAGUGAAGAAGGCGUGGCUCUAUAUGUGAAGACUUUGUCUUGUUUAGCAAAGGGAAUGACGGUUGCAAGUGAUUGGUGGUAUCAUCAAUAUGACAGAGAAGAUUCAGGAUUGGUUGAUACUGACUCAGGGUUUUCCAAUAGACAAACAACACUAGAAACAUCGGUGAAAAUCAAUGAAUUAGUUCAAUGGAUUAGAGAAAAAUUCAACGAGUGUUUGGAAAGAGCCGAGUUCAUCAAAUUACGUCUAGAAGAGGCAAAUUCAUCACUCAAUAGGGAGUAUGAAAUGGGAAAUAAGGAAGGGUUCACUAACUCUAAAGUGGCCCUUGAGCCUAUCGAAUCUAAUAAAGUGAUGGCUGAGAAAUUGAUUUUUGACAGGGCUUUAGAGAUGUCUCGAAAUGCGGCAGUUAAUGAAUUAGUAAAGGAGGACUUAAAGGGAUGUGAAUUGGCAUACAGUACAUCAAUUUGGAUGUUGGAAGCAUUACUUGACGACGAUGAAGAUAAUCAAAAUUUUGAUGUAAGUUCAAAUGAUGAAAAAUUGGAUAAUGAAGAUAAAGCAAUGGUUGAGAAAUUCAUUGUAAGCAUUGGGAACAGAUUAUCCGUUUUGAAGAAAAAAUUGGAGCUAAUCUAA